GAACGCCCAGGCAUUUAUAUCACGUAUCCCCGCCGGCGAGGGUCAGCCACUGGCAAUCACCGGCAUAUCUACAUCGCCAUGUCGUCAGAACCGACACGCCUCCGCCUGCCCGGCUGGACGCUGCCUUUGAACCAUAAGCCGUUCAAUGGGGAAGAUGAUAGCUUAUUUCCCGAAGAUCAUAGCUUAUUUUCCCAUGCGCUGGACUACAUGGACAUCGAGAGGGGGGACGCGAAGUUCGAGCUUAAUGGAUCCACGGCGUUCACGUAUCCUUGAGUUAGUUAACACAGUAUAGCCGAAUCACCGUCCAUCGAGAGCUGGUCAUGUUGCGGGUGAUGAACUCCAUCACAGACAAGCCUGAAUGGGACCGAAAGGUAUUCGACAAAGAAAUCAUGGCCAAGUGGCGCGAGGAAAUCUCCAGGAGCGGCGAAGAUGUAACGCAAAAGAUGAUGGAUUGGAUCACCACGGAGCUCCAGUGGAAAGCAGGCGUUCUCCACAAGACUGGAAUCGUCGUUGCGUUUGAGCCUGGAGUCGUCAAGUCGGAUACAGCGGUUCCGAAGGACGUGCAGCAGGCACUGAAAGAAGCUGCUCAGCCGUUGGAGGAUGUGCCGGAAGAACAGAAGGACUAUCAUCCCAAUUCGGACAACCAGGUUCUUGACUUGGUGCAUCCGUCGCUCUUCCCUGUCAUCUAUGGCCGCUCCCGUAUCCUUUCGGAUGGACUCAUCGGACGUGAUGACUGUUUCGGCUACAUCGGGCAGGGCGAGGUACUCAAAGAACCACCGCUCGAGGAAAGGGGGCUGCAGGAUACGUAUCAAGACCGGUACUCGAGCUGUGACCCCUUCAGCGGCAAGUUCCAGUGGAUGCCGUGUGAUGUCAAGUUCACUGAGGAGGGCGGGUGUCGGAUUGCUUCGUACAUCAACAACCUCCAUCCCCAGAAGAACCGUGGUCUCUACGGAGUCAUUGAAAGAAUUCUUGCGCAAACCAUCCCGCUCUGGGACGUCGUCUUGACCCACGUGGAAAACGAGUACAAGCGAAUCGAGUACUACCAGGUCAACUAUCUCGACCACCCUGAACCUGAACCAGUCCAGGAUGACGGCGAUGACUACUGGGAGCGUUACAGUGAGCGGGAAAGCAGGAGGCCCAUAGAAAUUCCCGAACCGGACGAGUUCGAGCCAUCCCAAGUCACUCCAUGCAAGAAGAUCAAUCUGCGCGAAAGGUUUGCCGAGACGGGGUUGCAGGUUAUCGUCAAGCUUGCUAAUAUCGAGCUGACACCUGAGAAACCCGAGUAUGACGGGGGAUCCUGGCAUGUUGAAGGGCAACUUAACGAGCAUAUCUGCGCAUCCGCUGUAUACUACUAUGAUAUCGAGAAUAUCACGGAGCGACGUAUGGUGGAGGGGGAACAGAAUGAGCAUUUCAUGAUGUAUGAUUUCAAUCUGUGUGAGCAUUGAAGAUGCAUGCAAGGACAGGAUGUCUCAGGUGAAUAUGUGAGCCAAUAUAUC